UCUCACCACCGUCCUCUCCAGAAAACAAAUCUAGUGAGCAAUGGCGCUCCUCCGGCGGCAGCUCUACGCAUGCAUGUGGCUCCUCCUUGUGCUUGCCGUCGCCUUUGCGCCGGCACCCAUGUUGGCCGCCGACGCGCCGUGCUACUGGACCGCGAUGCACGUCCCGCGGUGGUGCCGAGCUGAGUUCAUCCAGGCGCUCUGGAACAACGACCCUAGCGCGAUCCGCCUCAAGUGCUGCAUCAAGCUCGUCUGCGUCAACGACAACGACUGCUUCCGCGUGCUCAACGAUUUGUGCGAUUACAGGAGGUGCAUUCCUUACUGCUCAAUGCUGCCGCCGCUGCGGUCCUCAAACAAUUCCUCCAAGCCCGUUCCUCCUCCGGGGCACCACCAUUAGCCCCUGCCUGCUGCCUGCUGCGUUUGGUUUAGCAGCGCUUCAAUUUGGUCGUCGAGGACGAUCCAUGGAAUAAUUAUCUAGUGAUAGGAGGUAGCUAGUUUCUUUCGAUCGACCGCAAUAUUUUUAGUUUGCUAGUGAUUUUCUCCCGGGUUUCAUUUCGUCAAACUGAACCCAUUGAGUCCGACAGAAAAGUAAAGCGCAUCAGAUGCCAGAUGUUCAGCAACAGCUACCUCAAAACUAAAACAAGUCUCAUCCAACUUCGGCCAACUGAAUUUGUACAAUGUUUGAUAAGGUCGUCUUAUUUUAA